AUGUCCACUAUAGACACUUCUUCACAACCAAUAGACCCUCCUCCAAACAAACCAUCUUCAAAAUGGAAGAGCACUUCAUCCACCUCCUCUACCACCAGCACUCAAAAACCCCCACGCAAAGUUGAUCGCGAGUUGCAACGUAUAAAAAGCUUGGCCGUUGUUUCUGGUCUCAAUAAGCAAUUUUCACAAGAACCACAAUCAAUGUCUCCCAUCCCAUCUAUAUCAACAACUACAACUGGUGCCUCGAGUGGUGGUGCUGGAUACAAUAAUCAUUAUCACCAUAGUCAUUAUGUUCCUCAUCGACCUGCCACGGUGUGUGGACUUUCCUCGGAUAUGCGUCCAUAUGGUGCCCGAAGUCAAAGAAGUAGCAGCAUCAGUAGUUCUCAUAGUCGGCAUUCCACAACAAAGUCCAAGGCAACAACAACCACCAUGUCGAGCCAGCGCCUUAAAAAGACGAUUGAAUUGGAUGAGCUGGAAAAGGAGUUAUUGAGCAUGUUUGAACAGGCGUAUUUGCAACGAUCUCAGGAACAACGUGUGGACAAUUGGGUAGUAAGCGUGAUGCCACCUGCAUCUGAUAUAUGUUCGGUGGAUGAUGCUGCUGCAGCCCACAUGGAUGAUAAUACGCCACCAGCAACGACACCCCCCGAUGAUGCACGUGUAGCCAAGCGGAGCAGUAGUAGAUUGUCUUUGGGCCGCGAUUCAAUUAUCUCGGAGGUCGGUCAGCAACAGCGUAUUCGUGAAUUGGAGUCGUUAUAUAUGGCCACGCUCAAGAAGCUCAAUCAAAGUGAACAAAAUCAUACACAAUGGGAACAACGUAUCCAGCAAACGAUAGCGGCAUAUAUUGAAGAGAAGGAAAUGGAAGCUGAUCGUGCACGCCAAUUGGCCGAGGUUGUUGUUAAACAGGAGCUAAUAAUGGAACAAAUGGAGCUUCAUAUGCAUCAAGUCACUGCUGCUGCUGCUGCUGCUGCAGAACCACACACGGCAACCACUGAGGAAGAACAAGAACAAGCUAAGCAUACAUUACAUCAGCUCAAGAGUGAAAUUCAAGAGUUGAGAGACACACGUACAGCCAUUGAGAAUGAUAUUUCAGUGCUUCGUCGUGAGUUGGAUGCCGAGCAACGAUUACUGGAACAAACGUGGGAAACAAGCCAAACAUUGACAGCCGAAUGCAAUGAACAACGAGUACAAAUCACCGAAAAGUUGGAUACGCUUAAACGACAAGUGAUGGAUAAGGACAUGCUUUUGCACAAGGUGUAUUUGACACAUCGAGAUGUCGUACCUGAAAGACCUGCACGCAAUAGCAACCGGGAUAGCAAACAACAACAACCUCCUCCACAGCAACAACGUCGUUCCACAGCAACGCCAAGAUGGACAGGAGGUCCUCUUCCACCACAAGCUCCACCACCAACAGAUCCUUUACCACCUGUUCCUUUGUCGCCACCACCAGCACAACAACAACAACAACCACAAUCGUCACCAGAAGAGGUCUUGAGCAAUAGUAGCAAACGUCCCUCCAUUUCUUCAUCAGCAGGUGGUGCAUCCUCUUGCUUUGAAGAUCCAGAAACGGAAGCAGCUUAUCGUGAAUUUGCAGAACAACUUCAAUCGCGUCUCUCUGUGUCAAAGGAAAUUGACGACUUGCGUGUGUGGCAACCAGCUGAUCUCGAUGAGUUCCAAAAGCGUAUGAGUCGAUGGAGCGACAUGGACGAAGAAGAUCUCAAACGCCAUAGUCUUGCAAGCAGUCUUCGAUCAAAAGAAGGAGCAGCAUUUUGGCGAGGCAUGAAAAAGAAGUUGAGAGUCUAA